AUGGCUACGGUCGACCAAAAAGUUGCUCUGAUCGUCAUUGACGGUUGGGGUAUUGCUGGUCCUAACUCCCCUCCCGAGGGCGAUGCCAUCGCUGCCGCCGAGACCCCAUACAUGUCUGGAUUUGCCGAGGCCAACUCCAAGACCGCACAGGGAUACGCCACUCUGGAGGCUUCUUCCCUAGCUGUCGGUCUUCCCGAGGGCCUCAUGGGCAACAGUGAGGUUGGUCACUUGAACAUCGGUGCUGGACGUGUGGUCUGGCAGGACAGUGUUCGCAUCGACCAAUCUCUCAAGAAGGGCGAGCUGAACAAGGUCGAGAACAUUGUCAAGAGCUUCACUCGCGCCAAGGAGGGUAACGGCCGUCUGCACCUGUGCGGUCUGGUCUCUGACGGUGGUGUCCACUCCAACAUUACCCACCUGUUCGGCUUGCUCGAUGUCGCCAAGGAGAUGCAGAUCCCCCAGGUCUUCAUCCACUUCUUCGGUGAUGGCCGUGAUACCGACCCCAAGAGCUCGGUCAUUUACAUGGAGCAGCUGCUUGCCAAGACCAAGGAGACUGGUCUUGGUGACAUUGCCACCGUUGUUGGCCGUUACUACAUCAUGGACCGCGACAAGCGCUGGGAGCGUGUCGAGGUCGGUCUGGCUGGUAUGGUCACCGGCGAGGGCGAGGACAGCUCUGACCCACUUGCCACCAUUAAGGAGCGUUACGCCAAGGGCGAGAACGACGAGUUCCUCAAGCCUAUUAUUGUUGGUGGCAAGGAGCGCCGUGUGCAGGAUGAUGAUACCCUCUUCUUCUUCAACUACCGCUCUGACCGUGUUCGUGAGAUCACCCAGUUGCUGGGUGACCAGGACCGCUCCCCGCGUCCCGACUUUGCCUACCCCAAGAACAUUGAAAUUACCACCAUGACCCAGUACAAGGGCGAUUACAAUUUCCCCGUUGCCUUCUCUCCCCAAAAGAUGGGCAACGUUCUGGCCGAGUGGCUGGGUAAGAAGAACCUCAAGCAAUGCCACGUUGCUGAGACCGAGAAAUACGCUCACGUUACUUUCUUCUUCAACGGUGGUGUGGAGAAGGACUUCCCCGGUGAGGUCCGCGACAUGAUCCCCUCGCCCCGUGUGGCCACCUACGAUCUUGACCCCAAGAUGAGCGCCGCAGAGGUCGGUGUUAAGAUGGCCGAGCGCAUUGGCGAGAACAACUUCGACUUUGUCAUGAACAACUUUGCCCCUCCUGACAUGGUUGGCCACACUGGUGUGUACGAGGCUGCCAUCCAGGGUGUUACCGCCACCGACAAGGCCAUUGGUGCCGUCUACGAGGCUUGCAAGAAGAACAACUACGCUCUUUUCAUUACCGCUGAUCACGGUAACGCCGAGGAGAUGCUCAAUGAGAAGGGCACCCCCAAGACUUCCCACACUCUCAAUCACGUUCCCUUCGUGCUGGCCAAUGCCCCAGAGGGCUGGAGCCUCCAGAAGGAGGGUGGUGUUCUGGGUGAUGUCGCCCCUACAAUCCUUGCCGCUAUGGGCAUUGAGCAGCCCGAGGAGAUGACCGGCAAGAGCUUGCUGAUCAAGGCAUAG